GAUCCUUCCGGCGUGUGAUCGGUACAGGGCUCAAGUCCGCAGUGCUCCGGCGGCAGGGCAGCGGUGUGGGGUCGGUCCGGUCCGGUCCGAACGGAACGAGGAAUUGAUCUACAGGAACGACUUGUGAACGGAACGACAAACCGAGAAACACGGACACGAAGCAGGACGCGCUGGACACGGGCUCGGGACUAUAGGGAGCAGCCUGCGUUCUCCGGUCCGUGUGUGUGUGUGUGUGUGAGAGAGAGAUUAACGCUAGCUAACUCCAACACACACAGAUAUCUGAUGAUUAACGCGACAGUAACGAGAGUGUGUUUAUUUUCGCGUGCACAGUCCGGGUGAGCUCGCGCGCUGUUCUCAUUAAUGUCGCGCGCGCAGCUCGUGCUGAUAAUAACAUCACCUCAGAAACACCUCAGACUGCGGCUCGGUUAGCAUCGGAGGCUAACUGUAACUGUAGCGCGCACCGAGAGGAAGCGAGCUCUGUGGGAAAUCUAUUAAAAUGUCAUAGCGUAAAAAAACAACAAACAAACAGGCUUUUAUUCCUGGAUGUAAAAAGGGACAAUAGGAGGCGGUGUAUUUCUCCCGAUGAGCCCGGACACCUCCUGCCUCAGGCCCUCAGCCGUGUGCAGUCUGCAGCCAUUGUUUCAUCCUUAACAUUCAGAAUUAUUUAAAUAAUAUUAAUAAUAAUCAGUUAAACACUGCGUCCGGUUUAAGUGAAAAUGGCCGCCGUUGUGAAUUACUCUCCCCCGUGGUGGGUGAACCUGCUGCACCGCCUCCCGCACUACAACCUGAGGUUCGAGCAGAUCAGCAGCGAGUUCCAGCCACAAGACUCCUCAUACCAGCAGUCCAUUCUGCUGCUCGGAGCGGUGGCUCUGGCCUGCCUGGCUCUGGAUCUUCUCUUCCUUCUCUUCUACUCGUUCUGGCUGUGCUGCUGCCGCAAGAAGAGCAGCGAGCAGCCCAACGCCGACUGCUGCUGCACAGCCUGGUGUGUCAUCAUCGCCACCCUCGUGUGCAGUGCUGGCAUCGCAGUUGGUUUCUAUGGCAAUGGAGAGACCUGCGAUGGAGUUAACCGGCUCACUUACUCACUGCGCCACGCCAACCGUACCAUUGCCGGCAUACAGAAACUGGUAUCAGACAGCGCCACCUCCCUGAAUCUGACAGUUGAUGAGAAUUUGCAGCAUUUGGAGAGCCAGUACACGAAACACACUGAUUACAUGUCGAUUGUGCAGAAGCUGCAGGGCCAGCUGGAGGAACUGCUCAAACAGAUGGUGGACAUCCCUUUCUGGAGUAAUCCCACCAUUUCCUUGGAGGCUCUGGCAGUCAAGAUUGAACUCUACGACUGGUACAGGUGGCUGGGCUAUCUGGGUCUGCUGCUGUUCGAUGUUCUCAUCUGCCUGCUGGUGCUCUUUGGCCUCAUUCGCAACUCUAAAGGAACUCUGAUUGGGGUCUGUUUCCUGGGCGUGUUGGCGCUGGUAAUCAGCUGGGGAUCACUGGGUUUGGAGCUGGCUGUAUCCUCGGGCUCUAGUGACUUUUGUGUGGCACCAGACAUGUACGUCUCUGCAGUUGCUGAACGCUACGGAGUCAUCAACAAAGACAUCCUGCAGUAUUACCUCCGGUGCAGCGUGGGUCAAAACAACCCCUUCCAACAGAAACUGUCUGGAAGCCACAAAGCUCUGGUGGAGAUGCAGGACGACGUGUUGGAGCUCCUGCGUUCUGCAGUGAGAGAAUACCCACAAACCAAAACCAAUCUGGAGCAGAUUCAGGGCGUGUUGAACACCACAGAGAUCGGCCUGCAUCAGCUGACUGCCCUGGUGGACUGCCGCAGUCUGCACAUGGACUACGUGCAGGCUGUGACGGGGCUGUGUUAUGACGGGCUGGAAGGCCUGAUCUACCUGGUGCUCUUUUCCUUCGUCACAGCCCUCAUGUUCAGCUCCAUCAUCUGCAGCGUGCCUCACACAUGGCAGGGGAGGAGGCAGAGUGAGGACACUGAGGAAGACUCUGCUGCUUCUGGAGGAAGACAGAACCAUGACAACCUGUACCGGGUGCACAUGCCCAGUCUUUACAGCUGCGGCAGUAGCUACGGCAGUGAGACCAGCAUUCCUGCAGCGGCGCACACCGUCAGCAACGCCCCCGUUACAGAGUACAUGACACAGAAUGCAAACUUCCAAAAUCCUCGCUGUGAGAACACUCCUCUUAUUGGGCGAGAGUCGCCUCCCCCUUCUUACACUUCCAGCAUGAGGGCCAAGUACCUGGCCAACGCCCGACCCGAACCCAACAACAGCACUGCAGCACAUUAGAGAGCUCCUGGAAAUACCCCUACUCUCUCUCUCUCUGUCUCUCUCUCUCUCUCUCUCACACACACACACAUUUACACUCACACACUCUCACAUACACACACACACACUCUCACACACACACACUCACAAAUGUGCCCUUGUUCCCACGAAACAGACGGACUCCACCAGACUUCAGACAACAAGAACAUCAACACACUCAUCACUGAAGAGGCCCCUCGUGUACACGGUUCAAAAUGGUGUCGUUCUCAUGACUAGUGUGUGUAUGAGCGUGUGUGUACACUUUUACAGGUCUGUGUGUGUGUACAUGUUCGUACGUACAUGCUGCCGAUGCUUUCUUGUGGUGCUUUUGCCAAAAGAGCCUAAAGCCCCAAAAGUACAAAGCCAGGCGGGGUAGCUGGCCUCGAACCACAUUCCUGCAUGAUUUCUAUAAUGUGACCUCUCUCUCGGUGUGUGUGUGUGUGUGUGUGUGUGUGUGUGUGUGUGUGUGUGUGUGUGUGUGUGUGGUGUUAGACUCUUUAGGCGUUCAGUACAAAACAGUAACAUCUCCUCUGAUUAGCCGGAUCAGUACCACAAUCUAAAGCCCACACCAGGAACCUUCAUGUAUCGCGUCCAAGAAGAAGAGCUUCUGCACCAGGAGUGAAUGAAACCCUAAUCAGAACAAAUCAGUUUAAACAGUGUUUGUGGAUUCACUGAUUUAGUGGUGCUAGUUAAUCUAAUGAGAUCUAAAAGAAUUACUGCCAUUAUAUAUGAGGAAAAGAGACAGGUAGCAAUAGUGUGGCUGAGGGGGAGGGGGAGGGGCAAAGUUAGAUGUAGUUUAAAAAUGUAUUCUCAGAUCUCUUUUAGGUGGAGUAGUGUUUAUUAAAGCCAUGGGCAGCGUUCCAAAGCCCUGUGUAAUCUUGUCGUCCCUUUUUUUUUUACCGACAUGUGUGUAAAUAACCACUCGGAGGCGACGCCGGUGCGAUCGAAUCGAGACUAGCGUACAAUAUAAAACAGAUGAGUAAGAGUUGCUCAGGUUCUCUUCUGCUCAGAUCGUCACACACGAACAUGAAAUGGUGUAAGAGGGUUUGGGAACGCGAUCCCAUUUACCUCUUUGGAUAUCGUAACUCGGUAGACAGCAGGCCUGGGAGCGCUGCUGAUUUCAGACAGAUAUUGAAUUUCUCAUCGUGUCUGUGGUCCGUCUGGAACCAGAGACAUCCUGUUUUGGAUAUAUUUUACAUUUCCCUGCCAUGGAAAUCACAGGAUAAUGGUUAUCUACAUACGUGUUGCAUGCUUGCAGCUGUUUUUUCCUCAACAGGAGGAUUUAUCGUUGUGUACUUGAGAACUUCUCUGUACUGUACAUGAACUAUAAACUUAUGGACGUGUUAAGCAAGCUCGGACCCACGUACACGACUGUUCAAAGCAGCUUGGACUCUCGCAAGAGGAGGAGCGUCUGACUCAGCUAGUCGGUCCGUCUGAAAUGUCCACGGCUGCUUCAUUGAAAGUCCACACUGACAUCAUUCGGUCCUGUUCUUUAAAGUUAUAACCACUGAGUCUCCACAGACUCCAAAACCACCUGCAGCACAUGUGGUCCAAGGACAGCGUGAUGUAGGGACACCUGCGUCUCUUUAGAUCAUUAUCUUUCACCAUCACACAUAAACACACACACGAUAUUGAUGCAUGAUCCACCGUCACACUGUCUCGGCUCCUCACGCUUGAACAUCAUGAACAUGGAUUAUCUCCUUCAGAGAGCAGCCAGUUGGUCACUGGUCUCCUGAUUUUCUUGUGAAACAUAUCUGUCGUUCUUCUAUGGAACUUCAUACACGGUGGUGCAACACCACCUCAACAUUCCCAGCUCAGACUGGCGCUGAAAGAAAUGCUCCAUGGGCCAAUCUAUUCAUGUACAGGCACUUUCCCGAGACCAAGGCCUGCAUGCUGCGUGAGGACAAGUUCAGGACUGUUAAACUCGAAGCUCCUGCUGGACCAGAAGGAACAAACUGGAAAAAGGAGUGAAAAGGGGAUGGUGAGAGACUGCUUUGGGAAAGGAACCUGGGAUAGGAACCUAUGUCUUUUAGCUCAUAGCUGAACAUCUCUUUCUGGACUCACACAUUUGCUCCUUCACCUUUCUGAGGCAUGAUGACCUUUUCAAUGUGGAGUGUGAAGUGUUCUCGUGUGCUACUGACGCUUCUUUUAUUUCAAAUUUUUUGGGUUUCUUGAAUCAUGCUGUUACUGCAAUCAAUAACGAGGCGAGGUUCCUCGACUGUGCCAACAACCAAACCAUGACUUUGAAUCUUUCUCAUACCUUAUAAAUGUGUCACAUGUUUAAAUGGGCCUUUUUGUACAUUCACAGCUCAGCUUUAGCCUGAGCGCCCGAGCGAGCGAGCGAGUCACCUGUGAACAUGAGCCUGACGUUUUAAGAAUCGUCUUUUUUUCUAUGUGAAUGACCAUUUGUUAGUGAUGCAAUAUAUUUUAUUCUUUUUACAUCAUACUUUGUUAGGUACAUAAUGCUAGAACAGUGUGUAUACAUACACGCAUAUAUACUAUAUAUAUAAUUCAAAUGAAAAAAUGAAGAAAACGAAAGACACAUUUGCAAUGUAGUGCAAAAUGUCAGAGUUCAUCUCAUUUUAUCUUCUUUUUUCUAGUCAUUGUGGCAUAUUUUUUAAUGAUUAGUAAGCACAAUUAGUUUUUUUUAUGUGAAUAACUAAGUUUGAUAUUUCAUUUCAUUGUUUUUGAUUAAAUUUCACUGUAGAUUUUCUUUUUUCUUUUUUUUCUCUUUUAAUUUUUGCCAUUUACUAAAAUAUUGUACAAGUUAAACCUGUGGUUUUAUUCAGCUUGAACUCCGUGUUUUCAGAUUAAAAUAACAUAAACUGACAGUAAAUUUUA